AAGUGUGGCGGUGGGGCAGGGGCUGGCAGCUCCAACGACAACCAUGGCAUAUACUGGCUUCACUGUGCCUCUCAUUGUGAUGGGUGUGUUCUGGGGCUUCACUGGCUUCCUGGUGCUCUGGUUCAUCCCUAAGGGUCCCAGCCGGGGCGUUAUCAUCACCAUGUUGGUGUCCUGUUCAGUUUGCUGCUAUCUCUUUUGGCUGACUGUAGUUCUGGCCCAACUCAAUCCUCUCUUUGGACCACAGCUGAAAAAUGAAACCAUCUAGUAGCUCGAGUAUCAC